AUGGUAGCUAUCUCCUAUAGUUCCAGACAUAUUCAAGGCGGUUUUUCGCUCGCUGCUAAGAUCGAAAAUGUGCUAAAGGACACUGAAAACGGAGCGCCUAAGAUAGGUGACACAUUGGAGAAUGCUGUAGGUCUUACUAAAACUAAGGCAGAAAGAGAGCAGAAUGUGCAAAACCUCGUACAGUUCUACUUGUACACCAGAAACACCAUGCAAGAUCCGGAACACUUGGUCCCGAAUAACUUUUUCCUAUUAAAGAAGAGCCAUUUUGAUACCAAGAAACCAACGAAAAUCGUUACUCACGGAUGGAGAGAUUCUGCACAGUCCCGUGCGGUCGUCGUGAUUCGCGAUGCUUUCAUUCAAAAUGGUGACUACAAUGUCAUUACCGUCGAUUGGAGCCCAAUAGCAAAGACGGAGUAUAUUAUAGCCAGUAAUGACGUCGAGAUGGUAGCCAAAUAUACCGCCACCUUGAUUGAUUUUCUUCACAAACAAGGAAUGGAUUUAUCCAAAUUAACUACUGUCGGCCACUCUCUUGGAGCUCACGUCGCCGCAUUGGCAGCCCGUUUCGCGCAGGGCACAGUGAACUACGUUGCCGCUUUGGACCCGGCCCAACCGAACUUCCUUACCAAGGGCCCUAACAACAGGGUUUCUCGCGGAGACGGGAAGUACGUGAUGGUGAUUCACUCGAACGGAGGAUUCCUUGGUUUCAUAACUACGUUAGGAGAUAGUGAUUUCUACCCGAAUGGCGGCUCAGUGCAACCUGGUUGCGUAUUGGAUCCCAGUGUCACUUGCUCGCACGCACGUGCCUACGAAUACUUCGCAGAAUCUAUCAACACCAAGGUGGGCUUUUGGGCGGAGAAAUGCAGCAAUUAUCUCGACUUCACCACAGGCCAAUGCAAAUCGAAUGCCAAGGCUCUUAUGGGUGGCGUCAAUCCGAAUUACAAUGUCAAGGGCAGCUACUACUUGACCACAAACGAUAAGGCCCCGUACGCGAAAGGGCCAUUGUAAACUGACUCAUCGCAAUCAGUUAUCGAUUGUAUUGUAGCAGGAAUAUGCAUUGUGUUUUCGUAUCUAGUAGUAAUGGGAUCGAGUUCACUGUGUACUGACGAAGUCAGAUCAAUUCCAGUAUAGAAUUUCCAGUUCAUGCGAUUCGAUUACUAUUCAUAAUAGGUGAUGUUUGUAUAAAACAAGAACGAGCAUGUGUACUAAAAGACCUUUUGUUAUUAUUUUUCAC